CGUUCAGUAUAUAACCGCCGGCUUAUUUUGGAGUGUCUGCUCUUUUCCCCCCAACUAUUCACCCACGACAAUCAUGGCUGUUUCUCUCCCGAGCAUACACGAGAUGUUCCCAGGUAUCCAUCUCUCUGUCUUUGUCAUCCUGGAUGAUUAACUAACAAACCGUUUAUAGAGUAUAUGCUGCGGAAUCCUCCCGACUGGCGACGUGCCCCGCCGAUCCCGAUCCCUCCCCGUAUCCCACCACCUAACAGGGACACCCAAUGCUCCCUCAACAUCCUCCGGUCCGACCCCGCUUCCGCCUCCCUCACAUCAUCCACCUCUCUUCCGUACCCACCGCCGCCACGUUCCAAGUCCAGUUCCUUGUCAGGUGAAGACGAAGACGAAGAGAAGAGGCACGUGUGUAUGGUGUGCAACAAGGCCUUCAACAGGCCGAGUAGCCUCAGGAUACACAUCAACACACAUACUGGUGCUACACCAUUCCGAUGUCCUUUCCCCGGCUGCGGGAGGGGGUUUAACGUCAACUCCAACAUGCGCCGCCAUUAUCGAAACCAUACCAACUCUGCUUUUGUGCCUAAAUAUCCGUCCUCGUGGCGCGUGUUUCGUCCCCACAAGAACAUCCCGAUACCGAUCAACAGGUCGGAGUAUGUGUGGCACCCACCGUCAUCGUCCAGUGCAUCGUCUGAUAAUGAGGAGGAGUCGAGGGAUAAGCGUCGGCCUGGCACCCCAUAUCGCUUGAGCUUUGAAGAGAGUGUCAUGGAUCAACGUUGCAUAGGGAGCCCAUAUGCAAGGAAGCAUUGACUGGUUCGCGCUUACGUUGGUUUCGUGAUUUCUUAUUCACGCUCUCACGUUUCACAUACUGUAUCGUUUAACACCUGUCGAUAUCCUUAUCACUUAAUAUUACUGAUUUAUGGCCC